AUGAUUCAAAGGACAGCGAGCAGCCCAGGAAUCGCGAUCCCAGAAGCCAGUUCUACCACAUCUUCAUGCCCAUCGAGGCCCGGGGUCAAAUGCCCGCGAGAAAAUAUGGAGACUCAGGUUGCAGGGGUGGAAGCAAUAUACCCUGCAUCUGGUACAGUUUAUAGUAAAUCUCUGGCGUCUGAAACUUUGGUGCUAGAGAUCAAGAAAAGCGGUACGAACAAAGAACCUCUUCAGCCCGAAGCUACGGCUGCAUCUUCUCAGAGCACACCCAACCUCCAACCUCCGGCCUCUCAAAAUCCACAUUUCAACAGCGAAGACGUUUCCGGCAAACGUGCCAACCUCGGAGAUUUUCUUCUUGUCACAACAAUAAUUGUUUGUAGAAGUCCAAGCGACAUAAUAGAAAUGAGAGUGGAGGAAUAUGAGGCGCGGGAUAACUGGCUGCAUCAUGGUAACCCAGUCAUAGACGAACUGGACUAUACACAUUGGAGACUCCAAAUGGACUUUCUUGAGGAGGUUUGGGUCCCUGGAAGACUUGAGCCACGCACUCAGCUCCUAAACUCUAUCACAAAGAGUAUUGCUGAGUGUAAAGAUUGCAUGUGCGAACGGGGAGACAAUGGCGAACCUACAGGAUUGUUAGUGGGGACUGGGGAUCAUGCAUGCCCUCAAAUCCAAGCUGACGAUUGCAACGUCAUAUACGACUCGGCUACCACGAACGAGCUAGGAGGUAGGUUUCACCGACUCAAGGCGUCUGGUCUAAAACAGCAGGAUCGGCCCCAACGGUGGCGCGAUCCUGGAACGAAAGAACCCUAUUAUCUAGAGGGCCCGGAGUUCCGGCAACCUGAGAGACCAUAUUGGAGCGAUAUGAGUGGCCUAAGUGGUGCCUUGGCGGCGAGUACUGCCGAUCGUAGCAGGAAUGCGCAUAGAUAUGAACGCUCGGGGUGGAGUAAUGUGCCCGGGAUUCGCAAACGGGACGCUAAAGAAUUUCGAUCUGGAAUCAUGUUCCCUGAGAACAAAGGCGAUUCCGAGGAGAGUAUCCAAGGGGAGAAGGGGUAA